AGUAGAAUGAGCAGAGCCAAACAUGGGGAGAACCAUUUUGCUUCUCAUCACUGUGGUCCUUGUAGCUUAUUAUGUUUAUACCCCUCUUCCAGGUGAUAUUGAAGAGCCUUGGAAACUGACACUCGAAAUAACAACAGAAAACGUAUUCAUGGAUUUGGCUACUCUUGCGGAACUUCUGGGAAUCAGUCAUUUCAUGAGCACAAUACAAUUGUUUAGUAGAUUUCAAGAAGUCCCAGCCACUUCUGAUGAAAAUGUCACUGUAAUAGACACAGCUUUCAACAGUGUUCCUGUUCGCGUAUACAUGCCCAAAAGGAAGUCAGAGACCCUCAGGAGGGGCCUGUUUUAUAUUCACGGUGGUGGCUGGUGUUUGGGGAGUGCAGCUCUUUCUUUGUAUGACCUUCUAGCAAGACAGACAGCUGAUAGACUCGAUGCUAUUGUCGUGUCAACUGACUAUGGCUUGGCCCCCAAAUAUCAUUUCCCACGUCAGUUUGAAGAUGUAUACAGUGCCUUACGAUGGUUCUUACAGGAGGACAUUCUUGAAAGAUAUGGCGUAGAUCCUCGAAGAGUUGGUGUAGCUGGGGACAGUGCUGGUGGGAACUUAGCUGCAGCUGUGACCCAACAGCUCAUACAGGAUCCAGAAGUCAAGACAAAACUCAAGGUUCAGGCCUUAAUAUAUCCUGCGCUUCAGGCUCUUGAUUUAAAUUUACCAUCUUAUCAAGAAGGUUCACAUUUUCCACUUUUAACCCCCUCAUUGAUGGCCAGAUUUUGGAGUGAAUACUUUACUACAGAUCGAACACUGGAGAAAGCCAUGCUUCUCAACCAACAUGUACCUCUGGAAUCCAGCCAUCUGUUGCAACUUGUGAACUGGAGUUCCUUACUCCCUGAGAGAUAUAAGAAAGGUCACAUCUACAAAAGUCCUAUUCCUGGUAGUUCUGAACUGUCUAAAAAGUACCCAGGGUUCCUAGAUGUGAAGGCAUGCCCUCUGUUGGCCAACGACAACACUUUGAGUCACUUACCUCUGACCUAUAUCAUCACUUGUCAGUAUGAUGUCCUAAGAGAUGAUGGACUCAUGUAUGUGACACGGCUCCAGAAUGUUGGAGUUCAGGUGACACAUCACCACAUUGAGGAUGGGUUGCAUGGAGCAUUUACCCUUCAUGGUUAUAAAGUUGCACACAAGAUGCAAAAUCAGUACUUGAGUUGGCUUGUGAAAAAUCUAUAGCAAAACCUGCUCAAUGAUUUGUUGAAGAUACAUAAAUAACAAAAAAAAGAAAUAAACUGGGAAAAACUGAUUUUUGAGGGUUUAUAUCCUGUUUAAAACCUCUGUUGUUCCUAUGGAGUUGGUAGCUUUUGUGUUUUAUUACUGUUAUUUAUUAUUAACAGACAUCUUUCUAUUUUAUCCCUCCUCCUGUAUUUACCUAUAGAAAUACACCCGCUAACCAGGGUUUUAUAUAGGUGUUGACCAUCCAAAUCCAUGUGCUUGUGCUUGUGAAGCAGGUGCUUUACCAAUUGGGCCAUGUGUCAAGGUCGAAAUUCUGUAACAAUUCUACAGUGUACUUUUAGUACCCAUUAUUAUUACACAUGUAAGAAAAAUGGGGCUUAAAGAAGUGAAAAAAUAACAUGUUCUAAAUCUAGAUACCAUUUGUAGAAAUGAUACUCAAGUCCAUGUAAUGGCAACACCAAUGGCUUUAGAUUUGGAAACUAAGCUACAUUUUAUACUCCAUCAUUAAAAUGAAAUUUGAUCA